UGGCUGGGGCUGCAAUGUACUCUGAAAAUCCAGACCUCCCUCCCUUUUUCACUCUCUUUCUCUCCUCCUCCCUUCUUUCUUUUGCUUUCCUAAAUGGAUGGGGCUUCUCCUGGAUAGGCACAGUUCAUAAAGGUCCAAAAAGACUGUAUCAAAGCCUCACUGAAGUCUCUCCCCCACCACUCCAGAGUGUGCCUCUCCUGAUCUGUCAAUCUGCAGUACUGCAACAGGAGGAGAGCAGACUGUUAAACGCCUGGCUGCCUGGACAAAAUCCUGCAAGAUCCUUCUCUCUCUUUCACACUAAAUGCCCGGCUAACUGAGCAAAGUAGGAAAUCUCCAAAGAAGAAGGAUAAAAGCUGCUGAACCAGCUAUAUUGGAUACCAUAUCAUUCUGCUGCUUCUUGUCUGGAAACCUGUACAAACUCCUGUCCAAGCUGUACCCAAUGGAUUUUCUCCACAUGUAUGGGAUUGUUUCUUGCUUUUUCACCUCUCUCUACUGGCUGACUGUAGAUGCAUUUAUUUCUAAAGAAAACCUCUCUGGAAAGCUAAGUGAAUAUGGUGUGAUUGUCCCAUUCAGUACAGAUCAUCUAGGACAAUAUCUUUCCCACAUGGUGUCUGCUGCAGGAAGUAGGAGAGGUGGACUGACCUUAAAGCACCCUGGGCAGAGGUUGGCCCGAAGUGUCCUUGAUCCACCAACAACCCAGUCAGAUGAUAGGUGCUUGUAUUUCAAUGUCACGGUCUUUGGUGAGCAGCUACAUCUGCGCCUGAAGCCCAACAGACGUCUGGUUUCCCACGAGGCUACUGUUGAGUGGCAGGAGGAUUUAAAGGAGAUUUCUCAUGACUCAAUAAAUGCUGAUUGUGUGUAUACAGGAGACAUCACUGAUAUGCCAGGAGGAACUGUGGCCAUCAGUAACUGUGAUGGACUGGCUGGCUUGAUCAGGACAGACAGCAGCGAGUUUUUCAUUGAGCCUCUAGAGAGAGGGCGACAGGAUGAGGAGGAGAAUGGACGUGCACAUGUGGUCUACAGGAGAUCUGCUAUUCAACAGGAUAACUUUGGAAGCCAAGAGGGCAUGCACAAUGAAGUUGCAAAAAGCGAGGUGGGCGACCUGCCCUUUGCGCUGGAUUUAAUGCGAGACAGGUUGUUGGAAAACGAGCGCAAGAAACGCCAUGCCCAGAAGGAUGACUAUAACAUAGAGGUGCUACUGGCUGUAGAUGACUCUGUUGUGCGUUUCCAUGGAAAAGAACACGUGCAGAACUAUGUCCUCACCCUCAUGAACAUAGUAGAUGAAAUUUACCAUGAUGAGUCUUUGGGUGUCCACAUCAAUAUAGUGCUGGUCCGAAUUAUUAUGGUAGGAUACAGACAGUCAAUCAGUCUUAUAGAACGUGGAAACCCAUCACGGAGCCUUGAACAAGUGUGUCGCUGGGCCCAUUCCCAGCAACGUUCAGAUCCAGAUCAUGCUGAGCACCACGACCACGCCGUCUUUCUCACCAGGCAAGAUUUUGGUCCUGCAGGUAUGCAAGGUUAUGCUCCAGUGACGGGUAUGUGUCACCCACUGCGUAGUUGUACCUUGAACCACGAGGAUGGAUUUUCUUCUGCAUUUGUGGUUGCCCAUGAGACAGGCCACGUGCUGGGUAUGGAACACGACGGGCAGGGAAACCGUUGUGCUGAUGAAACCAGUAUGGGUAGUAUCAUGGCACCACUGGUGCAGGCUGCUUUCCACCGCUACCAUUGGUCCAGAUGCAGUAAGCAAGAGCUUAAUAGAUAUAUACACUCCUAUGACUGUCUCCUGGAUGACCCCUUUGAACACAAAUGGCCAAAACUCCCUGAACUUCCAGGAAUCAACUAUUCUAUGGAUGAACAAUGCAGAUUUGAUUUUGGAGUGGGCUACAAAAUGUGCACUGCUUUCAGGACAUUUGACCCUUGCAAGCAGUUGUGGUGCAGUCACCCAGAUAAUCCAUAUUUCUGUAAAACAAAGAAGGGCCCCCCUCUUGAUGGAACUGAAUGUUCCCCUGGAAAGUGGUGCUUUAAAGGCCACUGCAUUUGGAAGACACCAGAGCAGAUUUACAGUCAGGAUGGAGGAUGGAGCUCCUGGUCAAGAUUUUCAUCCUGUUCUCGGACUUGUGGAGGAGGGGUGCGUUCCCGUAGCAGGCAGUGCAGUAACCCACCACCAGUGUAUGGAGGCCGUGACUGCCCCGGUGCCACCUAUGAGUAUCAGAUGUGUAACACUGAAGAAUGUAGAGGGCUAUUUGAAGACUUCCGUGCUCAGCAAUGCACACAACGUAACUCCUACUACACUCACCAGAAUGUCAAGCACACCUGGCUUCCGUAUGAGCAUCAUGAUGAUGCGCAGAAAUGUGAACUCAUUUGUCAGUCCAAGGAAAUGGGAGAUGUGGUUUUUAUGAAUCAGGUGGUACAUGAUGGCACCCGAUGCAGCUAUAAAGACCCAUAUAGCGUCUGCGCCAGAGGGGAUUGUGUGCAUAUCGGAUGUGAUAAGGAAAUCGGCUCCAUGAAAGAAGAUGAUAAGUGUGGGGUUUGCGGAGGAGAUAAUUCUCAUUGCCGAACCGUAAAAGGAACAUUGGUUAAAUUGCCAAAGCAGUCCCCUGGUGUUUUAAAAAUGUUUGAAAUUCCGGCAGGAUCCAGACACAUCCAUAUAGAAGAGACAGACGUAUCCUCCAACAACCUAGCUAUUAAAAACCAAGUGAGUGGAAAUUUUAUUCUGAAUGUUAAAGGAAAAGAUAACAAAUCAAAGACGUUUAUAGAAAUGGGACUGGAGUGGGAGUACACCAUUGAGGAUGGCAAGAAAAGUGUGAAAACAACUGGACCGUUACAUGAACCUAUUGUGAUCUUGGUUGUGCCCCAGGAGGAGGAGCUGAAAAGCAGCUAUACAUAUAAAUAUAUUAUCCAUGAAGACCUCUUACCAAUGAUCAGUAACAACAAUGUACUCCUGGAGGAGAUGGAUGCUUAUGAAUGGGCUCUGAAAAGUUGGUCCCUGUGUUCUAAGGCCUGUGGAGGAGGUAUUCAGUAUACAAAGUAUGGAUGUCGGAGAAAGGGCGACAACAGGAUGGUUCAACGUACCCUUUGUGACAAUAAUAAAAAGCCAAAACCAAUACGUAAACGGUGUAACCUGCACGAAUGCUCCCAGCCAGGAUGGGUAGCCGACGAGUGGGGAGCAUGCAGCAAGACAUGUGGGAAACUUGGUGUCCAGAUCAGGCUGGUCCAGUGCAUACAGCAUCUGCACAAUGGAACAAACCGGACGGUCCAUACAAAGUACUGCACUGCUGAACGCCCAGAGCCGAGAAGACCGUGCAACCGUAUCUCAUGUCCCGCACAGUGGAGAACAGGGGCCUGGUCACAGUGCUCAUCGAGCUGCGGCGAGGGCAUUCAGCAGCGCCAAGUGGUGUGCAAAGCUACGGAUAACGUUAUCGGACAGUGUGAUGGUGAAAAGCCCGAAACGAUCCAAGUCUGCAAGAUGGCACCUUGCCCAGGAAAAUCACCAGGACUUGCACAACAGGCAGAAACUAGUGACUUCAGUACUUCAAAAUCACCAUGGAUUCCACCACAAAAUUCCCCUAAAAAUCCUGUCAACAAAAUAUCAAAAGACUCAUGCCAAGGAGACAAGUCCAUAUUUUGUCAGAUGGAAGUUUUAGCUCGCUACUGCUCCAUACCUGGAUACAACAAGUUGUGUUGUGAAUCAUGUGGCAAAAAGACAGUUCCUACCAGCAUAACUCCAAGUUCAGAGCAGGCAGCAUCAGGGCUCCGAGCACCUGAAGGUGCAGUGUUGCCAAGCAACAUCCCAUCAGUAACCCUCGUCCCAACCCUUGUGAGUGUCUUGACUGAAUCUUCAUCACUUAACAGUCCCUUGGAUGCUCCAGUGCCUGCCCUAGGAGUGCCACAGAGCUUAGUAGCCAACAAUACUACAGCGGAAAUUUCAGCCUUGCAAGUGUCAGGAAAUAAUACCUCAGCGACAGAAGUUGGAAAGCAGCAACUAUCAGAGAGUCACAGGGGACCUGUGGAGAAUCCUAGCACAUCGUUCAAUAAAACUUUAGUCAGCAAGCAAAGCAGGAUCAGUGCAUUGUCAUUCUCUGAUGUGAUCAGACGAAGAAGGGAAGGUAUUGAAGAAGUGCACACUGGUUCCGAUGUACAAAGCACCUCAGUUUUUACAUGAGCAUCAGUAUACAAAUCAAGGAGGACCAGAGCAGCGUCAGCGGGAAUAGACUAUUUUGAAGUAAAACUAGUAAAGGCUUUUUUUCUGAGUUUUGCCUGCAGCACUUUUCCAGUCAUUUAAAAAUGACACCAGAUUUGAAUUCUAAAGUAAUGAUGAAACCUUUGGGCCUUAAAUUGACAUGCCCAGUAUUGUUACCUCACAAUGCAGCGCGAAUGCACGUUAUAUUGUCAUAAAGGUGCUACCAACUGGGUUGAGAACAGAAGAAAUGGGAAGUAUUUCCAUGCAUAUUAACUCAGUUCUUGAGUGCCUUUUCUUCAUUUUUUUUCUGGGCUACAGAGAGCUUGGAAGAUGGUGCUGUCUUCAGUUAUAUUAGGUUCUACAUGUACAUGGUGCUAUAUUUCAAUCUGUUUUCUGUACCUCAGUGAUGCUGAGGAUGUUGCAGUGAGCUGCAGUGAAAUAUUUUGGUUUUAAAAAGCUCUGCAAGCCUUUUUCUUAUGGUAACAAAAUAUGAUGCUUAUUCUCUGCUAAUAUACAGUAUACCUUGGGUUUCAUAUAUUCAGUUGAUUUAGUUGUACUAUUUUAAUUAACCCUACUUAUCGGUGGCCUUACGUAACUGCAUAAACGUAUACCAUCUGUUGCUGCUACUAGAUAAACUUUCAAAUAACAGUUUGAGGGAACCAUUGUUACAUAGCCAGCAUUUCCAUUGAAGAAACUACGAUAACCUUCACAAGAAACCUCUCCGUUUUUGUGUUUCUAAUUCCUUUUAAACAGAAGUUACACCUAUUAUCAAUUAAAUGUCAACCAUUUUCACUGGUAGUGUGUAAGAAUGUGGUACUAAGGCCAGUUCUAUAUGUCCCUGCAUCCUCUAUCCCAGCAAUCAAUGCUUUCAUUUCCAGUAAGCCUUACAAUGGCCACAAUGGGUUAAGUUUUGUUAUUCCACAGCAACAGCCGCCGUGUUUUAUGAUAUAAUGAUCAGGUACAUCUUGCAGCACUGUCAUAUAUGUGGCAGUAUAAGGCUUAGAAUCUUUGUUAGGCAGCACACAAGACGCAAAUGUGGAUUCUUGUAUCAGCAAUUACGAUAUCCCCCUAUAUGUAGAUAAAAAGGAAUAGCAAUAAUUUUACCUGUAAAAUGUACAUAUGUUUUCUUAUAUAGUUUAAAUUUGUAAAGUGCACUCAUCAGUCAUGCACAGUGUAUGAGGCCAUUUGGUGCCUCACACCCCCAUAAUGGCAGUAAUUCCCAUAUGAUAGCUGCCUCCGGUACACUUUAAACUGUAAGAGCUUGUCACUGUCACUUAAUGUACCUUUCACCUGUAGCUCGUUCUCUGUUGACCGGGAGGCAUUGGGUUGAUCCCAUCUGCUACAUAGCACAUUUCUUCAGUGAUACUUUCACCUUUUAGCAUAACCAGGCAGGUUUUUUUAUCUUAAUGCUUAUUGGGAACUAGAUAUGUGAAUGCUAUGCUUUGCUUCCCAUGACCUCACUGACAUGGUCAGUCGUUACUGUACUUUAGAUGGAGGAGCCGUGUCAUACAUUAUUUUGUUUUUGUAUCUGUGAAUCUGAAAUAUCUAUGUUACUGCAAAACUAUAAUCAGGUUCAUUGAAUUCACAUUUAAACCAAUUGUUGUGAAUGUUCAAGAAAGUAUCUGUGCCAGACUUAUUUCAUUAAAAUUUGGGGACACAUAAAGCAGAUGCAAGUGGGACACAAUAAUUAAAAUACUGUCAACUGAAGAAGUCAGUUGUGUGUACCUCUAUGUCAGUGGUGGGCAACUGACAUACACUUCACCUCGGUAAUUUGCCCUCUUUGAUUCCCUUCCUACUAUAUCUGACAUUAAAAUGAGUGUAGUGCAUUUAUACUAUGUUGAUUGCAUGUAAGUCUUUGCUUGGAUGGCGAUGUCUUCUCACCGGCUUGACCAGCUAGCCAAAUGCUAAGCUACUGUAUGUGGGCUGCAUGAGUAGUCCACGCUGGUUCUGUUCUCUAUUGGGACCAAUGGCUCCUUGUGAAGCAGCAGAAAGGUUGUUGCCACCACCGCCUAGUGCUUGCUUGCCAGUUGAUUGUGUCCUGAUAGAGCAGCUGACCUUUACCUAAAGCUGGGUACACACUUGUCCAAUCCUCCAGAUAUCCAACUCCAGACCAGACUGUUGACAGAAUUCUGCUGGAGACCUAGGUCAUAGAUACAACAUCCAAUCUAGGCAUACACACCUCUCCAAUCUGUAUCUGCUAACAGGAUUGUGUCACUGUACACACUCUUCCAAUCUUUGGAAGACCGACUGCCGCUUACACAUAACUGUAUGUACCCAGCUGUAAACUGGGUCUUCUACUCUUACCUUGGGCAGUGGCUACUCUAAAUAUAAACAUUUUUUGAGGUGAAUCCUAGUCUUUUAUUUUAGCUGAAAUAGACAUCUAUACAGUCACUACAGCAGCUAUAUUUAGGUAUUGCAGAUAACUAGUUACCAGGCUUGAAUGAACUAGUUGGUGUUAUCUUACUACAGGUUAUGUAUGUUAACUUGUGUUGUGUUUGUUAGUUCAGCUCAUUAUGUUACACAGGGUCCUACACCUACACACUACCUCUGGCUUAUUAAUUAGAUAUACUAGGGUGCUAGCUAAUGAUGUCUCAGGAUGGACUUUUACACAUAACUGUAGAUGCACUCAAAAUAUAUUUGAUGUCAUGAGUUGGAUACCUUGAAAUAAAACUCUUCAGGCUGUGGGAUAUUUUUUAUGCAAUACACGUACAGGGAGUAGUUGAUGCAUAUCUUGUUAUGGUUACUUAUGUUUUAGAGUGCCUAAGUUUCCCUUUCCCUUCUCUGUUUUCUACAGCUUUUGGAUAAAUUAUAGGUUGAGUCUCCUUUACCCAUAUAUUCUAAAAUCCAAAAUAUUCCAGAAAACUGUAGUUUUCGUGCAGCCAUGACACAUGACCAGACGUCAUGACAUGACCUGACGUCAUCUGAUCUAUAACAUAUGACUGGCAUGGGUGUGGCUUGGCAGCCAUUCUGAUUGGCAGCAGACACUGGGGACUUUGGCUUAAUUCCAACCUGCACUCCACCCCCCCCCCCCACCCCCCUCUGGACUAUCUCCCUCUCCCGCUGUAGCCAUCUCCGCUCCCCCGACCGAGCUGCUACCUACUAGGUGUUCCAAAAUCUGGAGAAAAAAAAAAACAUACCAGAAAUGCUUUGUAUCACCAGCAUUUCGGAUAUCGGAUACUCCACCUGUAUUAGAUAGAAGAAAAAAACCAAUACUUAAAAUAUACUCUUUUUUUAUAUGUACUUUUAUUUGUACCAUUAUUCAGUAUCUGGGUAUCUUUCACUUGAAUGUAGAAAUAUUUUUUCCACCAGAGGAAUGCAGUUCUAUGUCAAGCGCUGACAUUUACAAUUGUUAUUGAGCGCUAUUGCUGAUUGAGAUGUAUCUUUUGUAUAAAUCUAGUUGGAGCUAGUACUAUAUAUAUAAAGAAGACAGAGAAAUAGGUAAGUGUGACCUGAAAUACUCCAGAAUUGUUUUGUGAUCCUGAAGUCGAAAAUAUGAAGUUUCCUAAAAUGUUAUGAUUUGUUCAUGGCUGUAUAUAUUUUGAAAAAAUAUCAACUUUAAAGGGGAAUUCAAUUAGCCGCAGGUACUUGAAGUACCCAGGAGCUAUUGUUUAUUGCACGUAGUCACAGCCUUACCACAUAAAUAACUGAAUAGCUCCAGGCACUUAACCCAGGAGUUAAAACCCUGUAGUAAGUCCAACUUGAAUCCCCUCCUAUGUUUUAUCUAUCUUGUCCUAUAUAGUUAAAAUACACAUUUAAUUCUCACUUAUUUCCUCAGGUGUUAGUAUUUAGUUUUAAAGUAAUCACUAAAACAGAGCUCCUGUAAAUUGUGGCAACCAAAGCAAUGUAUAACAAAGCCUUUCCAUCUAAAGCAACAUUAAAAUUGUUAAUAGACAAGUAUAGACCAAUCUGAAGCAAUACUUUGCAUUGUGUAAGCAGAAGCAUUGGUUAUUGAUAUAAAUCAGUGGUUCUCAUACUGUGAAGUGGGCCUUUUUGACAAGGCGUACAGAUCUGUCCUCAUACAUCUUGCCUCAGUACGCCACGUAGCGGGAGAUGCCUGGUAUGAGUGAGCUGACAGGUCCUGUGCAACUCUGCUAGCGUCCGGUGUCUUUUUUUGCCCAAAAUGCAUCUUAUUCACAUCACUCUGUGAAUAGGACGCACAAGCAGACUUUGCUGAUUAAAAUCAUAUGCGGCAUGCCUAUAUUCUGUGUGCGACAGCGGCUGUAUCUGCAUACGAAAUGCUGCGUUACAUUUUUUCUAGGAAAACACUGUAACGUAGCAUUUCGUAUGUAGAUACAGCCACGGUCGCACACAGAGUAUAGGCUGCAUAUCGUAUAAGCUGCUUGUGCAUCCUAUUCGCAUAGCAAUGCCUUAGACACAUUUAAAUGGAAAAAGUCGCACAUAAAGACACUUGGCGCUACCGAGUCAAGCCACGGCAUGGUGUGACUAGAAGGGAUGUUUGACGUGACUGCAGCAAGGAUGUAGGAGGACACAUCUGUAAUACCCUCCCAGUCUACCAAGUGUAUUAUUCACAAAUAUGAAUGGAAUUGCCACCUACUAUGACUUCACUUUUUUUAUAUACUGUAGUUGAGGUUUGGUUGCUAUUAAUAGUAAAUGUAUUAGGCUGUGGUAAAAAAAUAAUAAUUAAGAAACAUUAAUUUAACUUCUCAAAGUUAAUACAUGGUUCCUAUAAGUUUAAGUGCCCACCAAAUAAAGUCUGCAGAUGCUGGUAUGCCACAAAUUUUUUUAUUUACAGUUGUUAUGGUAAAUGCUAAAUUAAUAGUAAAAAAAAACAAGCGAAAAAACAAAACUUUAAUAUAUUGGAAAAACCCCCCAAAAACAUUGCAGUCAUUAAUGGCACUCAAAAAUUUUUAUUGGGACAAACCCCAGUGUUUGUACAGGCUGAAGUUCCUGGUGUGCUUGGGCUGGUAUACUGAUUGGAGUCUGUACACAGCUUACAGUGUAAAAAAACAAUUAUCUAGCCUACCAGUCAUAUGAAUGACAUGCAUCCACUAAAUAAAUACCCACUUUCUCCUGAGUGGGUUAUUCACAAAUAUGAAAGUGAAAGUAGAAUUUAAAUAGUCAUUUCAAAAAAUGUAUUUAAUAUUUGUAAUGUGUAAAAGGAGACACAGUCAGUGCCUAGAAGUCUGUACAUGAGUGUACUAGCUUGGCCUAUGGUCAAAGGUUCUACAAUGCCAUCUCUCAUGGAUGAAAUACCCUUGGAAUGACCAUUACUCAUGCUAUACCUGUUAUAAAAGACACCCAUUAUAUCAGGAAAAAAAUUGUUUCUUCAGCGGAUUGUAAACCAAAGAUUCAAAAACAAGCAUACAAGCGCUAUUCAAUAUAGAUUUACAAUAAGGUCCUUAUUUGUAACUGGUGGAGGUUAUCCUAAAUGAUAAUUAAAUGGAUGCUGGUAUCCCAGGAAUGGUCAUUUCCUUUACUGAAGACUUGUCCCAUUAAUGGUGACCUAAACCUAUCUGUAUGGCUCCAAAUAAAAAAGUAUUCAGAUUUAUUCAGUGUAUUGUUUCCUUUUAAUUUCACAUUUGUUAUAACUGCGUCCUUAUUUCUGUAAUAAGUGUGAUCCUGGAUGAAACCAAUCUUUUUGUUACACAUAUUUAUUUGGGUGUGUGCAGGGUCGUAAGGAGCCCAGAGGCGAGAAGGUUGUUGGUGCCCAGCUAUGUUCACAGCAGCACCCAAACACACUCUCUUCAGGGCUGCCAAGAAGAGGGGGUACUUCUUAUCUGGGUCCGGGCUUAUUAGAGAGGCCCAGCCCGGGUUAUCUGCAUGGUCUUAUUCCUGCUCUGCGGCACAUAAAGCAGAACCUGGAGCAAUGGAGGAGGUCAGUGUGCCCCUUCAGGGCUGGCGCCCGGAGGUGGCUGCCUUCCAUUGUCUCCUGUAUUUACACCUCUGGGUGUAUGGCAUAAGCUCUCAGGUGUUAAACAUAAAUAUGUGCUAUAAACUUUGAUAGGACACUGGUACAUUUUAAGAAAUACUGUUUGGUGCAAUGAUUUGGUCUAGAUUGUAGCAAUCUAUUUUUCUGCAUAAUAACUGUAAGUUGUGCUUUUAUAACCAUUGAGUCUUGUAUAUAAUAUCUCGGUUAUCUGUAAUUGUCAUGUGGGUUCUCUCUUUCCAAUAUUGAAGCUAAUGUCAUAUUUGUAGCUGCAUAUCAACGAAGAUGCUGAAUUAAACAAUAAGGAAUCUUAAUCUGCCUUACUGCUCUUUACCAUAUUACUCAUUCCUGUGCAUUAGCCAUGUCCAGUGUUAUCAAUUGUAUAGUUUUGUACAUACAAGAUUCAGAGUUUUUAAGUUGUGAUAUUUAUUGAUUUUGAUGGUUUUUUUUUAACCUUAACCAUGUAAAAAGCUUUCUUUUUUCCUUUUUUUAUUUUUUACGAAAAACAAAAAAAAAUCAUACGAAUAAUUUGAUUGUUGUCUGUAAAACGAUUGAUGCUAUAAUUAUGUUAUAUUUGUAUUAUUGCUAUUGGAAGUGGAUACACCUCAUCUCUGGCACAUCUCUCAAUCAUCCCAAAUAAAGAAUUAGUAAAGUGUUGUGAUAUGUAAA